AGGGGAGGCGGGAGGCUAGGGGAGGCGCGUGAGGGAGAGGAGGGGGAAGUCUCCUGUUCAGGUCAUUCCCUGAGGCUGGGUUGGGGCGGGGCCGACAAUGGAGAGCAGUCUGAGCACUGGGCCACCUUCACGCUGCUGCCCAGCUGCCCAGAAGCCCAGGAGCUGAAGCAGGCCUAAAUACAGCCUGGACCUCCAUCCUGUGAACGCACCUUCAGAGAGGUACCUGCCUCCUGGCACCUCUAUCCUGUACAGUGACCCUGGACAGUGGGGCUGGCACCUGGAGUGGAGGCUGAGUUGGCCCCCGUGACAGGUGUGCAGCCACCCCAACCAUGCUCCUCGUGUCCACCAUAUCUGCUGUGCCUGGGCCUCUUUCGCCCCCUAGCUCUCCCAGCAACAGCAGCCAGGAGGAGCUACUGGAUGACCGAGACCCACUGCUAGUCCGGGCUGAACUGGCCCUGCUUUCUACUGUCUUUGUGGCUGUGGCCUUGAGCAAUGGCUUGGUGCUGGGAGCCCUAAUACGACGGGGCCGGCGUGGACGCUGGGCACCCAUGCAUGUCUUCAUCAGUCAUUUGUGCCUAGCUGACCUGGCUGUGGCUCUGUUUCAAGUGCUGCCCCAGCUGGCCUGGGAUGCCACUGACCGCUUCCAUGGUCCUGAUGCCCUGUGUCGGGCCGUCAAGUACCUGCAGAUGGUGGGCAUGUAUGCCUCCUCUUAUAUGAUCCUGGCCAUGACGCUAGACCGCCACCGCGCCAUCUGCCGCCCUAUGCUGGCAUAUCGCCAUGGAGGUGGGGCUCGCUGGAACCGGCCAGUGCUGGUGGCCUGGGCCUUCUCACUCCUUCUCAGCCUGCCUCAGCUCUUCAUUUUUGCUCAACGAGAUGUGGGAAAUGGCAGUGGAGUGUUUGAUUGCUGGGCCCGAUUUGCAGAGCCCUGGGGCCUUCGUGCCUACGUCACCUGGAUUGCCUUGAUGGUGUUUAUAGCACCUGCCCUGGGCAUUGCUGCCUGCCAGGUUCUUAUCUUCCGAGAGAUUCAUGCCAGUCUGGUGCCAGGGCCAUCUGAGAGAGCAGGGAGGCGCCGCAGAGGGCACCGGACAGGCAGUCCCAUCGAGGGAGCCCAUGUGUCAGCAGCCAUGGCCAAGACUGUGAGGAUGACACUGGUGAUUGUGAUUGUCUACGUGCUGUGCUGGGCACCCUUCUUCCUUGUGCAGCUGUGGGCAGCGUGGGACCCAGAGGCUCCACUGGAAAGACCUCCCUUUGUGCUGCUCAUGCUGCUGGCUAGCCUUAACAGCUGUACCAACCCCUGGAUCUAUGCUUCCUUCAGUAGCAGUGUCUCCUCAGAGCUACGUAGCCUGCUUUGCUGUGCUCAGAGGCACAUCACACCCAGCCUGGGACAUCAAGAUGAGUCCUGUGCCACAGCCAGCUCUUCUCUGACCAAGGAUACACCCUUCUGAGCAUUCACUGGGCUCUUUCCAUCCAAAGGCUCCCUGUAGCUCACCUGUCUGGAGUUGGCCCUGGGGGCACCAAGAGAGGGGUACCUUGGCUGUUCUUGGUCCUCCCUAGGUCUUAUUGUCCCCAGGUAUGCAAGAAGGAAUGUUCCAGGACUACAAGGAAACCCUUAAGUUGGCUCCUUUGUGCCAGACAUGGGAAGUAACUGGGGCAGAGGCUUCAAGAUCUAGGAGGGGAAUAGGUAACAGAGGUGCUUGUGCGUCUUACCCUGGCAAGUACCCUGUGGGUGAAGAGGAGUCCCAGGGAGCUGAAGGAAGGAUCAGGAUGGGGCUAGUAGAACUUCCUGUUAUUCCUUCUGCCUAUCUUCCUAAUAAAAGUUGCAAUUCAUUUUCCACA